UGGAAAACCAAGAUGUCCUAAAUGCGGAUUACAUUUUAAAGAUCUAAAUAGACAUGUCGUAAGGAUUCAUAAGACAACAUUAAAACGACAAGUUGCGCAAAAUAUUCAAGAUCAAGAUGUUCAAGUUCAAACUAGACAAGACAGAAGAAAUGAAAGAUUAUAUAAUAA